ACACCGGCCGCGGAUGGCGUCGCUCGGCGUGGGGCUGCAUCUGAUCCGCAGGCGCGGCGCGGGCCGGGGCUCUGCGGUGGAGAGGAGGAACCUGCUGACCGUGUGCAGGUUUUCGGUGAAAACUCUGCUGGACCGCUCAUGUUUUGAGACGAUAGAUGACUCAUCUCCAGAGUUUCUCAACUUCGUUUCCAUCCUGGAGCACAUCCUCAGUCAUCGACUCAAAGGUCAGACGACAUGGUUUGGCUACGAGAGUCCUCGGAGUUUCUGGGAUUACAUAAAAGCUGCUUGCAGCAAAGUACCUCAUAAUUGCAUCCGAAGCAUAGAGAGCAUGGAAAAUGUGCGAUCAUCCCGAGCGAAGGGCAGGGCAUGGAUCAGAGUCGUGCUGAUGGAGAAAAGACUGUCGGAGUACAUCUCGUUUGCUUUGAGGGACUUCAGAACCACCAGGAGGUUUUACGAGGAAGGAGCCAUCAUCCUGGCGGAGGAGGCUGGGCUGUUGGCCGACACGCUCAUCGGACUCAACACCAUCGACUUCAGCUUCUGUCUGAAAGGGGAGGGUCUGGACGGCAGCUGCCCCGCUGUGAUCGAUUACACACCGUACCUAAAGUUCACACAGAACGCCGACAGCAUCAGCAGUGACGAAGAGGAGAUGAGGACCCUGGGAAGCAGCGGCAGUGAGAGCAGCACGCCCGACAAGACGGCCACCGCCGCCUCCAUCUUCACCGAGCAGAGCAACCUGGUCAGCAAGUGCAAACGCUUCGAGCAGAAGUAUCGCAUGGCGCUGGAGCAGAAGGGUUACCUGGAAGAGCUGGUCCGUCUGCGAGAAGCCCAGCUGUCGGACGCCGUGUCUCAUAACAAGGCUCUUCAGCAGAGCCUGGCAGACACACACCUCUCACACACGCUGGAGAAAGAGCAGCUGGAGUUCAUCAUCCUGGAACUGCAGGACCAACUGACCGUAUUGAAGAACAAUGAUUUGCGGUCCAGACAAGAGCUGACGGCCCAUCUGACCAAUCAGUGGCCGUCUCCCGACGCCUUGGACACCAACGCCGUGGCCUUGGACACGCUGCUGUACAGGAAGCGUACAGGACAGUGGGAGGACAAGAGUUUCCAGAGUCUGGAGCAGCUGUCUGCGGACAUGAGCCUCUCCCAGACGUCUCUGGAACCGUCGCACACUCUGAGUCUGGAGGCCCGGCCUGCAGGCACACAGUGGUCGCUCCACCAAGGUACGUCUCCCCUCACACCACAUCUCCUCCACCCUCACCCGGACAUUCACCGUGCGCUCUGUCUUCCAGCUAAAGAGGAAACGCCGUCUCUCCGCGGCCUGUGCGGCUCCCUGACCUCAGUCACCAGUUACAAGUCUCUGGCCAGCUUGAAGUCCAACGAGUGUCUGGCCAGUCCGGCCACGGAGCUCAGCAGCCCGGGCCUCACGCCCUCCUAGGCAGCGGCGAGCCUGAGGCCCGCUCGCCGCCACGAGCCAGACAAUCCACACAAAC